AUGGCUUCAAAAGCGGAGGGCAGUAACACCGUCAAGCCCUCAUUUGCAAAGGUCAGCCCCAGACGACAUUUUGGGUCUCAACGGCCUGGUGAGCUCACUCGUGUCGAUGAUCAGGUGGCUGCCUCGAAUUAUAAGCCCACAGGACCCAAGAAGAUCGAUACCACUAUAGCUGCUACUCCGGUCGAGCAGACCGUUGGUCCAUCCAAUGCUGCCGGAAAUCCAUCGGUUCCUGCAACUUCGGAGAUGCAGACCCCGACCAUCGUGACUACAAAACCGCCAGUAGUAUCAAAAGCUACGCCGACUGUUGCCUCGAGUGCGACUGCAAAAGGGAUCAAGAUGCCGCAAGUUGGAGAACGACCGCUUCCUGAUGGGAUCAAGAACUCCAUUGCGGAUGACAACAGCACCCAAGUUUCUUCCUCUGGGGGCUCGGCGAAGGUUCCUAGCCUGGAUGGAAAAAGCACUACAUCUGGUACUACAUUCGCCAUGGACGAGAAAGAAUCCCUUCGACCAGACGACAGUGCAAGCUUGCGAGCCGUGGAGGAAGAGGAUGCCUUCUCGCCCGCCGAGUCGGUAAACGCAGAAUCACGCAAUGGUUCGGAUACCGGUGCACAAGCCUUUCGUGAUCAGUUACAUGAGAUUGCUGUUAUUGAUCCAAUGUCAAAGCGUUACCCUGGGGAUGUACCAGCUCCUCCUCCGGUCAGUCAUCCGGCCGGCAACCCAGGCGAUGCUUUCAACAAUCCUAUGCAGGAGUACUCGCUUCCUGUGAGACCCGACACCAAUCCUACGAAUGGAAUGCCACAACCGGACGAAAAGCUGAUCGAAGCACUUCAAUCGUACCGAGAUCGCGUCUGGGUUCUCAAACUUGAGCAAGACGUCUUAGACUUCAUCAAGAAUCCGAGUGAGCAACAGCUGGACUUGCCUCAGUGUAACUCAUUCUAUCGGAUGCUUGCACAUCGAAUGGCAGACUAUUACAUGCUGAGGCAUACGCUCGACCCAUCCGGGAACGCUGUUCGCAUCCAUAAGACCGAUUUUAAUAGACUUCCGGCUCCUUUGUGCAGCUGGCCUGUCGUCUCUACGAUUACACCGCCGCCUAGCCUUCCUGCAAGGACCAUAAUGCGUCGCAGCGAUGAUGGCAAAAAUACCCCAAACACCGACGCAGCCGGCUCCAAGUCCAACAGCGAGGUUGGAGCCGACGGUACGAGCGAGGGGGGCGACGCCAAAUCGAAGGGACAGCUGUCUCGAGAAGAACGCGAAGCGAAAUACAAGGAGGCACGCAUGCGCAUCUUCGGCAGUUCCGAGGAGACGGAGAAUGCUGACGGCGAGAUCAACCCGGAUAAUGCCGACAUUUCUCGAUCCAGUUCCGUGGCCGGAAAGCGGAAGGCUGCGAAUAAGAAGCAAAGAAACUAUGACAAUGACGGGUUUGAAGCCAGGUCUCAGUUCAAUCCGUACUACGCCCCUCCUCCCACGUAUAUGGCGCCCGACAACAACUACUAUGCUGGAUAUCCCGGCAUGGGCAACAACACACCGUAUCCGCCAAACGGUACCAAUGCUAUGGCCUCCAACGGAUCCUUCCAACCCAUGCCGCAAUCUCCCACCGGUCUCGGCUGGCAGCAACCGCAGUUCAUGGGCCCCCCUCAGAAUGUAGGGAGUCCAAUGUACACUGCACCGAGUGGGCAAAUGUUCGACCUUUCAGCGGAUUUCCAACGUGGAAUGCAGUCAUUCCAGAACUCUGCGAGUUCUCCUCAGAUGCCCCCACGAUAUCCGGUACACAAUGGUCCAGCAAAAUCGGGGUUCCCCAUGCAGCAAUAUCCCCAGCAAUGGCCUCAGUCCCCGGUUAUGCCGAACAUGCCGAAUCCGUCACCCGGGAUGGGCAACAAUAACAUGUCCUUCAACUUCCCUCCGGGCCCGAAUAUGGGCCAUCCUCAACACUCCUAUGGCAUGCCUCCUGGAUCUCCGUAUUUCAAUGGCAAUGGCGCAAGAGUGCAGUCGGCAGGUUAUCCGCACAAUCGGCAACAGUUCAACCCGCAGAGCCAGUCCUUCAACCCGCAGAGCCAGACGUUCAUACCCGGAUCUCAAAACCAGAUGAACAUGGGACCCAUGCCCACGCAUAACGGACCGAUCGGACCCUACCCUCCCAACCGCAACAUGACACCGUCCUCGACUCUCAACCACACAACUGCCCACAGCUCCAUCACCCCGAACCGCGCACAACCGAACGGCCAGACCCCCCCGUCCACCAACUCUACCGCCACGGCGUCGGCAGGAAACAGCGCGACCAACAGCAUGGGAUCCCUCACCCACCCACUCCCCCACCCGCCCCCAACCCAGAGCAGCAUCUCCAAAUGGGGCACCCCCUCCAGCCUCCCGCAGAAACCCCCUCCCCCCGCAACUAUGCAGCCGGAGAAAUUCAUCGAGACCCACCGUGGCACCCCGCCGCACGCCAUCCCCGGCAUGCCACGGAUGCCAUCCGCGGCAGGGAUGCUCGGGAUCGCGCCGAUGGCGAUGUUUACUGGGAACGGGAUGUCGGGUCGGGGGACGGGUCAGAAAUAGGUGCGAGAUUGCGCGACUGCGUGGGUUCUGAGUCUGGUACAGGGAGGGACAUGGACAAGAUCGGACGGAUCCGAUACGAAGUUAUGACAAUUGCAGGGCACUCGUCGAAAACCUUGUGAUCAUGGCGAACGGGGAGUUUGCCGGUAGGUGUAUGGUCAGUCGGAAACCACGCCAUAAACGUGUUUCCACACCCAGAAAACAUAGACGCGCUCUUCGACACAGCAUCGUCGUCGGCGCGGAUUUUCGCGGAUUUUCCGGGGCGUUUUGCAUAGCUUAUGGGCUGGGGCAUGCGGUGGGAUGGGGCGUUACGGAUGGGUGCUUAUGCUACGGCUUGAUUAGACGGGUAAUCAUAAAUGGGAAAAACUGUCAUUGAACGUCUUUGAGGUCUUUUUAUUGGUGUCACUAGCUGAGAUUUCGCCGUCCUGG